AUGGCACUCAACGAAGACGCUAAGGGAGCUGUGGAUGGGACCUUGGAAAGGGAUGAGACUCCCGCUCAUCAGAGCAAUCGAUAUCUCGACACCUCAGAAAGCGAUGACGAAGGGAGUUCCUCAGCAGAAAGGGGCCCUCCUCACUCGAGAGAUUCCGACAAUGACGCCAGCACCUUUCCCUCAGCUCUGAGUCGCUCUAAUACAUAUGGUGGAGAGUCUAUAAUGGAACAGGAUGACAGAACCGAACUCAAACGCAUUGCUACUGCUCUUUCUCGUCGCCAGUCUAGUGUUGCUGCUCCUACUCGUCGUCAAUCGGUUGGCCUUGGUGCCGUCGAAGAAUACGAUGCCACCCUCGACCCUGAUCGCCGCGAAUUUGAAUUAUCGAAAUGGCUACAACACUUUAUUCGAGAACUCGGCGAAAAGGGCCUUUCGGAUCGACAAAUAGGUGUAUCGUUUCGAAAUCUCGACGUUUAUGGGUCUGGGGAUGCAAUUCAACUCCAACAGACGGUGGGAGAUAUUUUCAUGGCCCCAUUGAGGAUUGGAGAGUUUUUCAGCUUCGGCAAAAAGGAGCCAAAGCAUAUUCUAAACAACUUCAAUGGACUUGUCAAGAGCGGAGAGCUCCUAGUUGUUCUUGGACGACCAGGCUCUGGCUGCAGUACACUUCUCAAAUCUGUUUGUGGCGAGUUGCAUGGCCUAGCCCUUGGAGAAAGCUCAAACAUCAGCUACAAUGGCAUCCCACAGAAGCAGAUGAAGAAGGAAUUCAGGGGUGAGGCUAUUUAUAACCAAGAGGUUGAUAAACACUUUCCUCAUCUUACUGUUGGCCAAACACUCGAAUUUGCAGCUUCUGUUAGAACACCCUCUCAUCGUGUUCAUGACAUGCCUCGCGCUGAAUAUUGUCGCUACAUUGCCAAAGUCGUCAUGGCUGUAUUUGGACUCACUCACACAUACAAUACCAAAGUCGGCGAUGAUUUUAUUCGAGGAGUAUCUGGAGGCGAAAGAAAGCGUGUCAGUAUUGCAGAGAUGGUCUUGGCCGGAUCACCGUUUUCUUCUUGGGACAACAGCACCCGUGGACUCGACUCGGCAACUGCAUUCAAAUUCGUUCAAUCGUUGCGGACAGCUGCCGACCUCGGCAACCAUGCCCACGCGGUUGCCAUCUAUCAAGCCAGCCAGGCCAUCUACGACCUCUUUGAUAAAGCCACGGUACUAUACGAAGGUCGACAGAUCUACUUUGGGCCAGCAAGCGAAGCAAAGGCAUAUUUCGAGAAACAAGGCUGGUACUGCCCUCCACGCCAGACAACUGGAGAUUUCCUGACUUCGGUUACGAAUCCCGUGGAGCGCCAGGCUCGCGAGGGAUGGGAAAUGAGAGUGCCUCGAACUCCGGAAGAUUUUGAGCGGCUCUGGCUACAAUCUCCCGAGUUCAAAGCCUUACAACAUGAUCUCGAUCAGUACGAGGAGGAAUUCGGCGGCGAACGCCAGGGAGAGACUCUUGCGCAGUUUCGACAGCAGAAAAACUACAGACAGGCCAAGAGAAUGCGGCCCAAGUCGCCUUAUAUCAUCAGCAUUCCGAUGCAAAUUAGAUACAACACCAAACGUGCAUAUCAGCGCAUAUGGAAUAACUGGUCUGCUACCAUGGCAUCUACCGUGGUUCAAAUCGUCAUGGCUCUUAUUAUCGGCUCUAUAUUCUUCGACACCCCCGCCAACACAAACGGUUUCUUUGCCAAAGGUUCGGUUCUGUUCAUCGCCAUUUUGCUAAACGCGUUGACGGCGAUUUCCGAAAUCAACAACUUGUAUUCGCAAAGGCCUAUUGUCGAGAAACAUGCAUCGUAUGCCUUCUAUCAUCCAGCUACCGAAGCAGCUGCGGGUAUCGCUGCCGAUAUCCCCAUCAAGUUCAUCACUGCUACAGUCUUUAACAUUAUCCUCUACUUUAUGGCUGGGCUGAGAAGAGAACCGUCGCAGUUUUUCAUUUACUAUCUUAUUGGUUACAUCUCAAUCUUUGUCAUGAGUGCAAUUUUCAGAACAAUGGCUGCAAUCACCAAAACCGUCUCUCAGGCCAUGUCGCUUGCAGGAAUCCUGGUUCUCGCUCUCGUCAUCUACACCGGAUUCACCAUCACAGUACCGUCAAUGCAUCCCUGGUUCAGUUGGAUUCGAUGGAUCAAUCCAAUCUACUACGCCUUUGAAAUCCUCGUCGCCAACGAAUUCCACGGCCAGGACUUUCCUUGCGGUGCCGCCUUCGUCCCUCCAUACAGCCCCCAGGUCGGCGAUUCUUGGAUUUGCCCCGUAGCAGGUGCUGUUGCAGGAAGCGCAACCGUAAGCGGAGAUGCCUUCAUUGCGACGAAUUAUGAGUACUAUUACUCCCAUGUUUGGCGAAACUUUGGUAUUUUGCUGGGCUUCCUGUUCUUUUUCAUGGCCGUAUACUUUGUCGCCACGGAGAUGAACUCUUCGACGUCAAGCACCGCUGAGGCUCUUGUUUUCCGACGCGGCCACGUUCCUGCACAUCUGUUGAAAGGAAACACCGGCCCUGCUAGGACUGACGUUGUGGUAGAUGAGAAAGGCGCACACGGAAACAAUACUGUCGACUCUAAUGUUGGAGGAUUAGAGCCGCAGCGGGACAUUUUCACAUGGAGGAACGUUGUUUACGACAUCAAGAUCAAAGGCGAGGACCGCAGACUUCUGGAUAAUGUAUCUGGCUGGGUCAAGCCAGGCACGUUGACUGCACUUAUGGGAGUCUCCGGUGCGGGUAAGACGACUCUUCUCGAUGUGCUCGCGCAACGAACGACGAUGGGUGUCAUUACGGGCGAUAUGCUUGUAAAUGGUAGGCCACGCGAUCCCAGCUUCCAGAGAAAAACAGGUUAUGUCCAACAACAAGAUUUACAUCUCGAAACCGCCACAGUUCGUGAGAGCUUGCGAUUCAGCGCCAUGCUACGUCAGCCCAAAUCUGUCAGCAAAGAAGAGAAAUAUGUAUUUGUCGAAGAAGUCAUCAAGAUGCUCAACAUGGAAGAAUUCGCAAACGCCGUCGUCGGUGUCCCAGGCGAAGGUCUCAACGUCGAACAGCGAAAACUGCUCACCAUUGGAGUCGAGCUCGCCGCCAAGCCAAAGCUACUUCUCUUCCUUGACGAGCCAACCAGCGGCCUCGAUUCUCAGAGUUCAUGGGCCAUCUGCUCGUUUCUUCGCAAGUUGGCUGAUUCUGGCCAGGCAAUUCUGUGUACCGUUCAUCAGCCCAGCGCUAUUCUCUUCCAAACCUUUGAUCGUCUACUAUUCUUGGCUAAAGGCGGAAAGACUGUCUAUUUUGGAGAUAUUGGUCAGAAUUCGCGUACUUUGCUGGAUUACUUUGAGGCAAAUGGCGCUCGCAAAUGUGGCGACGAAGAAAAUCCCGCUGAAUACAUGCUUGAGAUCGUAAACAAAGGAAUGAAUGACAAAGGAGAAGAAUGGCCCUCAGUAUGGAAAGCUGGUUCAGAAUUUGAAAAGGUUCAGGCUGAGCUUGAUCGCAUUCACGAAGAGAAAUUGGCCGAGGGCUCCAGUGCAGAAGAUGCUGCGGGCCAGGCUGAGUUUGCCACAUCCUUUGGAGUCCAGCUCUGGGAGGUGACUUUUCGAAUCUUUCAGCAGUAUUGGCGCAUGCCUACUUAUAUCUUUGCCAAGUUUAUGCUCGGAACCGCUGCCGGAUUGUUUAUCGGUUUUUCAUUCUUCGACGCGAAUUCGUCAUUGGCAGGAAUGCAGAAUGUCAUAUUUUCGGUCUUCAUGGUCACAACUAUAUUUUCUACCAUCGUCCAGCAAAUCCAACCUCUCUUUGUAACUCAGAGAUCAUUAUACGAAGUCCGCGAGCGUCCAAGCAAGGCCUACUCAUGGAAAGCCUUUAUACUUGCCAACGUUUUCGUUGAGAUCCCUUACCAGAUCAUCAUGGGUAUUCUCGUAUUCGCGUGUUUCUACUACCCUGUUGUUGGCGUCCAGAGCUCGAUCCGACAGAUCCUGGUUCUGUUAUUCAUCAUCCAGCUCUUCAUCUUUGCGAGCUCAUUCGCGCAUAUGAUCAUCGUGGCUAUGCCCGAUGCGCAGACAGCCGCCAGUCUCGUGACUUUCCUGGUGUUGAUGAGCACCAUGUUCAACGGCGUCCUGCAGGUACCAUCUGCAUUACCAGGCUUCUGGCUGUUUAUGUGGCGUGUCUCCGUUUUCACUUACUGGGUAGCUGGUAUAGUUGGGACGGAGCUCCAUGGACGAGAAAUUGUUUGCUCAGAAAGCGAGUUGUCUAUAUUCAGCCCUCCAUCAGGUCAAACUUGCGGGGAAUAUCUGGCGCCGUUCCUCCAGCAAGCACCAGGACAGCUCCAAAACCCAUCGGCCACAGACCAGUGCCACUACUGCCAGCUCAGCAAUGCGGACCAGUUCUUGGCCAGCUCCGAGAUUUUCUGGACCGACAGAUGGCGCAACUAUGGCAUCGUUUGGGCGUACAUUGCAUUCAACAUCAUGACGGCGAUUACCCUGUAUUACCUGUUCCGAGUCAAGAAAUGGAACAGCGCCAGCUUCAAAUUCAGUCUUCCAUGGGGGAAGAAGGCGGGAAAGAAGACAAACUAA